UAUAUGGUAAAAUAAUCCCGUAAACAGGUUAAUAUUCAAUGUGAAAUCAACCGAGUACUCAGGGUAAAUAAAAUGUUCAAGCAUCCGACAUAAAGUCGAAAUGAAAAUAAAUGGUGCACUUCUAUUUCAGACCAACCAUCACAAAACUUGACUUUGUCGCCAUUUGGCAAUUACAGCAUUCAUGAUAAUACAACAGUGACACUAGAGUGUCAAGUAAGGGGAGGUAAUCCUCUUGCUACAUUAUCCUGGGAGUGUAGAGGGUCGCUAGCGACUGGACAGAAUCGGACAGAAGCCGACAAAGCUUGGUCCAUACUAGAAUUCACAAUAGACAAAUCGUACCACGGACAACAGUGUGUGUGUACCGCCACACACCCGACCAGUCCUAAUGGAGUGUACGGUACAGAGUCUGUGGAGUUUAAUGUGAUUUAUCCACCUACAGGGACUCUAUGGAUAUUUCCAUCUAGUGCGCUGAUCAUCACACGAAAAGGUAAAAAAGAACGAAUUGAGUGUCGCAUAAGGGGAGGCAACCCUCCGCCGUCACUGACUUGGCAGUGUAAAGGAUCACCAGUCAGUGGAUAUAGUUUCCCCAAUCUCAAUGAGGUAGUAUCCAUAAUAAAAGUCUUAAUAGAUGAAUCCUACGACCGACGGCAGUGUGUUUGUACUGCCAGACACCAGGCUAGUCCAAAUGGUGUGUUCGGCACAAAGGCUGUGGCGUUUAGUGUGAUCUGUAAGUAUAUGGAAUACUUUCUUAAAUAUGAUUGGGUGGUAAUAAAUGCAUAACUUCAUUUUUACAGACAUUUCACUUAAAACAAUACAGUACAGUCUUAUAUAUAUGAUUUGAUAUUCAUCAUGCAAUAAAUGAAAUAAAUAGUUUGAUGUUGCUGGAAAAUUACGCAUGACUUUCCUAGCAAACAAAGACGUGAUUUGCAGAAAGAUAUUCACAAAUAUCCAUCGGCGAUUGCAUAUUGAGAUCUUUUUGUUAACCCAUGUCUCAUUCUAUCAAGUCGUUUGUUAACCCAUGUCUCAUUGAAUCAUGUCAUUUGAUUUAUUAAUUUCAGACAUCAAAAUCAUCAGAUUCGACCCUUCAUUAGUUUAUAUCCGUGAGGGUGGGAGUUUCUCAAGGACGUGUUCUGCUGAAGGUAAUCCUACGCCAACUACAUACUGGAGUCAUGAUGGAAAAUCGUUAUCGACGGAGAUCAUACAGCUCCCAAGUAUAGACAGACACGACGCGGGGAACUACACAUGUAUUGCUACGGCUACACACGACAAUGUGUCACUGAGGUCUUCUAAAAGCGCUCAACAUUAUCGUUCAGUACGGACCUGAUGUUUAUCUUGCUAUUGCUAACGCUACAGAAAAUACAGACUUUCGACUGAAUUGCACUGCUAACGGAAUACCUACUAACUACACGUACAGAUGGAUACAGAUGAUCGGGUCAACUGUCAUCAGAGACACAUUUGACCAAGUGACAAAUUUAGGGUAUAUGAGUACGCUGACUAUUCCAAGAGUGAGCUUCCAGGACAUGGGGAUGUAUAUAUGUGAGGUGGAGAAUGGGAUCCCUGGAAGAGAUGGACAGAUUGUACAGAGAGGAAAAGGAUUCAUGAUGGUGACAGGUAGUCCUCAAGUAAUAAGUGCUCAACAGAUCUAUGUCACCCAUACAGGUGUCUCCGUAGAUAUUAAUAUCACCUUCAUGGGCUUUCCCGAGCCAAUUACCACCCUCAUCUUACGGAAAGACCUCUCUCUACCACCCCAAGAUUAUCCUACCGUAUCCGUGUCACCCGUCCAAGUGUCAGUGUUAUUCUAUAACAAGGACGUAAGCGUUGACGGUUACAUGGCACAGAUACACUUCAGCAAGAUCGAGACAAAACAGAAAGGACAAUAUCAGCUGUAUAUAAGGAAUGUACUGGAUUCCUACUACUACAACUUCUCAAUUGUUAUACCAGAAAUCCUUGGCAGUCAUGACACAUACAAAGAUUAUAAGACUCUUUCAUAUGCCUGUAACGUUAGGCGUACUGUAGUCUAA